UAAAGGUUCCACAGACUGCUGACGAAUGCGUUUUGUGCGCAUGCGUAUGGGCUGUGGGCGGAGUUUUCCAGUCGGUCAGGAAGAGGAGAAAGGCGGACACAGAAACAUUAAGCGACUUUUUUUUUUUAAAAACAGAUGGCUGCCAUCAGGAAGAAGUUGGUGAUAGUUGGGGAUGGUGCAUGUGGGAAGACUUGUCUGCUCAUUGUCUUCAGUAAGGACCAGUUCCCCGAGGUCUAUGUCCCCACUGUGUUCGAGAACUAUGUGGCCGACAUUGAAGUGGAUGGGAAACAGGUAGAGCUAGCACUUUGGGAUACAGCAGGUCAAGAAGACUAUGACAGACUGAGGCCUCUCUCCUACCCUGACACUGAUGUUAUUCUCAUGUGCUUCUCUGUAGACAGUCCUGAUAGUUUAGAGAAUAUUCCUGAGAAAUGGACACCUGAAGUGAAACACUUCUGUCCAAAUGUUCCCAUCAUAUUGGUGGGGAAUAAAAAAGAUCUGCGCAAUGAUGAGCACACCCGAAGAGAGCUUGCCAAAAUGAAACAGGAGCCAGUAAAAUAUGAAGAUGGCAAGGAGAUGGCCAAUCGCAUCAGUGCCUACGGCUACCAAGAGUGUUCCGCCAAAACCAAAGAUGGUGUGAGGGAAGUCUUUGAGAUGGCAACUAGAGCAGCACUGCAGGCCAAGAAACGUGGCAAAAAGUCCGCCUGCCUUCUGUUAUAGGCUCUGGGAGUAGAGGAAGCUGCUGUCAAGCGCAGAUGGAGAAUGCAGUUUCCAUUGAUAUUUGACAUAGGGGAGAAUAAUGGGAAUGUUCUGAAAUGUUUGUGAAUGCUCAAUUCUGAUCACCUAAUUAUCCUCAGCAAAUUAAAGCAGGUCUGAAAUUGUUUGAUAGGCUUCCUCAGCUUGGAUCUUGGUCUAUACAUUAGGUUUUGUGCCAUUUUGCUUGCAUCUAUCAAAACUUUCAGACCUAGAUUUAAGUCUGUAGGACAGGGGGUCGGGGGUGAUUUUAAGUUGAGUAGAUGUAAACGGAUUGAAACGUGCCAUAAUUGGAAUGAAGAGAGAAAAGGUCCUUGCCAGUCCAAAGACAAUGGGGACAUGACAAAGAAAGAUGGAAAAAAGACAUAAAUAUAAUAGUUUUGAAUUAAGGCCAUGUCUAAGUGGAUUUUACACAGUAUCGCCUACAUGUAGUGCCUUGCAAUCAGUGGUCAAUAAGAGUUAAGUUGUGGGGUAGAGAUUUGUAACUUAGAUGGGGUAUUAUUUUGUCAUUUGUAGUGUCUACACAUUGCAUUUGUGAAUGCUUUCUCCCUGUCAUUGGCUUGGCUCCUUCAGGCCCAUAUUUUGACUCAGGCGCUAUGCAGGGGUAUGCCCAAACUAGAUUGUAUGAGAUAUUUUCCCAUACCGAAUUACUUACCUGUACUUAAGAGUAUGCGUGUGUGUGUGUGUGUGGAUGGAUGUGGGCAACUGUAUGGUGGUUUGUUUUCUCCAGUGCAGAUCUGCAUGCAAUGAAUGUGUAUAUUUGUGUGGAUGUCUAUUAACAUAUGUGUCUACGUACUGUAUGCAUGGAAAGGCCUUCUGCGUCACUGACCUAACCCCUUGUUUCCAUGCCAAAGUUACCGACUGAUGGCCACAUUUUAUGGCUCAGAUGGGUAAUGGAAUUAACAGCUACUCAGAGUGACAUAGAAACCCUCUCUUUACUGGAAUAUAUUGUACUAUACCUAGAGGCACAAUCAGGUUAAGCAUAUUAUCAGUUUUUAGGACCUUUUUUGUGUGUAUUGAGAUUCAUUUGAUUGUGUUAAUCGGUGGGUCAAAUCAUGAGUGGUGUAGUUGAUAAGUUGAAUAUUCUUUCAGAUAGAUUAUAGGCUUAUCUUAUUACUCUAAUGUCCAUUAUGUACUGUAUGUCUUACAAGGCUUUGUAAGGACAUGUUAUUGAUGUGUAUUACAAGUUUGCCUUUUACUCAACUCUCCCUGCCCUUCCCCCUCAAUGAUAUUGUCAUUAUUGUACUAUAACUUUUUAAUGUUGAUGUCUCUAAUGUUCUUAGUAUAUUUUAAUCAUUUUACUUAAUCCUGCUGUUAUGAUCAGCUUAUGUCAGUUAAAUCAUAAAUUGUAACUGUAGUAUUGUUUAAUUAAUUGAAGGUCAAGCUUGGAGUGCAAGGCUGGAAAGUUUUGGGGGUGGGCUGCUAGACCAGUUUGGGUUUUUUUCUUUAUUCUUUUGUUUUUUUGUACUGUGACAUAUUAGGAUUUCUGGAUUUUUUUUUUCCAAAUAAAGCUGACAAUAGGG